AUGGCUCCUGAUCCCUUCGACACGCAGCGUCUGUACAAAACCUACGCAGUCAAUAGUCCCAACGCCGCAAUGGAGUUUCAAGAGAUGGUUGAAGAUUUCAUGGAAAUCGUCCGCAAUGAGGAAGAAUGGAUUGCCACUGGUAACAACAUCAUACACGUCGAUGCCUUUAUCGUCCUGGUGCGUGGGAAGGAAAUGUGGCCUCUGGCGAAGCUGGUGAUUCCAGAGUUCCAAGAGACACAGGCUUUCGAUACCGAGACCAAUACCGCUGUUAACUACGUGCUCCGUGCAGUCUUCGACAAAAGACCUGCAAUUCCGAUCUACGAUCCAAAACUGCUGGAGGAAGAGAAGUUUGUCCGUCGUCAUUUGUGCCACACUGUUGAAUAUCUUGCUACACUGGGUAUGGGGGAGGACGGCCUCAGCAAAGAGGAGAAGCAGGCGCUAGGUGUGCUGUCGAAGUUGAUAGAGAAAGUCAUCGACCCGGACAAAGAGGUCGACGACCAACAACGACAGCGCACUGCGGGGCCAUCAGGAGGAGCUCAAGCUGGAGAUGAUGACGAAGAAGAGCAACAGGAAGCUUGA